UUAUCCGUUUUGUUGGCAUAGGAAAUGGAUCAGGGAGCAAAGAGAUAAAGGCCGAUGCAGUUAUUUAUAGCCGUCUUCCUUAAGUAAAGCUCUCUCGGUUCCUCGUCUGAUGAAUUUCCAUCUGGAGUCAAGCUUUUUCAAUUUCCAGUCAUGCAUGGUCUAUGUCGUCCACUUGAGUUUUCGCUAGAAGGUAGCAUUCAAUUGAAAAUUCCGACAUGGUUGUUGCAUAUCUUCAAUUCGGUUUUUCUAGCUUGGGCGCAAGCAGCUUCCCCAUCUUGAAUUCCAGGCUGAAUUCCUCCCGUAUUCAUGGCAUUUCAAUUUUUCAAAAGCCCGUUCCGGGCAUGCAUUCGGCCUCGGCGGGGGCGAGAAAAAGAUGUGUUUUUUAUGUGAAAGGGCCGAAAAUUGGAAUUAUUAAUUCCUUGCCUGACGGAGAGGUUGAGACCACUUCGACCAGCAGCGAAUUUCUUGAGAAAGAGUUCAAGUUUAUUCCCACAUUUGAUAAAUAUGUCAAAGUUUUGGAGUCCAUUAAAACCGACAGGAGUAGGUUAUCGGCUGAGCAAGCGAAUUUGCAUGGUUUGAAGAAGAGAUCAGUUGGCAGGCAUGUCUUAACGGCAGAUAGUGUUACAAAAAAGAGGAAUUCGUACAAAUCAAAGAAGCAACUGAGCAAAGAAAACUUAUCUUCCGAUGAGAAGGCCAGAUAUUCAAGAGAAAACAGAGGCGAUGCACCCAGUUUGAAGGGCGGUGUUUCUGAUAAGAGUGGUUCUGCAUGGGCUGUGGUUGAAGAGAUGUUGGAGAAGAAAGCGAAGGAGAAAAGUGUUGAGCGACAGAAAGGUGGUUUAGAACGCAAAAACGAGGAUUUUAGUACUGUAAGAAAUGUUUUGUAUAAGAAGACCAAGGGUGCUGGUAAAGUUGUUCAUGAUGGGAUUGUUGAGAACAACAGCACAAGUCGGAGGAGAACUGAAUCGCAAGAAAAUCGUCAGAACUUAAGAAAGUUGAAUGAUUUAGCGAAUUCUAAGGUAGUAGAGAAUGAAUUAGGGCGUGGUGACAGCCGAAAGGCCCAAUUCACCCCUUACAGAACUGGUGAGGAUUCGAGUGGUCAAGGACAUGGUUUACAUAAGAAGAACAAUGGUGCUGAAGACGUUAUUGUUGAUGAGAUAUUGGAGGAUAAGAGAACGAGUCAGUGGAGGCUUAAAGAAAGACAAAUAUAUAGUAAAGAGUUACAAAGUUUGGAUGAGUUGAAGAAAACUAAUUUUGUGAGGAAUGAAGGGGGUUGUGGAGACUACGCAAAGUCCACUGAAUCCAAAAGGUUUACUAAUAGGAUUGUAAGCAAAGAUGAGAGUUUUUUAAGAUUUGACGACAUGAGCGCAAAGGAUAAACAUAGAAGAGAUAAAAUGGAGGCUUUUGAGGUGGAAGGAAAUCAGCAUUACCAAGCCAUUAAUGCAAAAGAGCGUGAUUUGUGUGCCCCAGCAAAGGAAAUUUACCGUAAAGGCAGCAUUAGGAGAAGCGCCAAGCUUCAUGGCGAUAUCAUAGAAGCAGAAAAGCUUAACUCAAGGGCACUUAUAUCAUCAGGAAGAUCAGUUAGAACUCAUGCCGCUUAUCCUGAAUUUUCUGAAGAGGUAGACGGUGUUGCAUUAGAGAACAGAGCUGCUUUCAAGACAUUUGAGGUAUUCACAGAUGUGAGAAACAGGCCACGAGUUUUGAGGAUGGAGAUGGAAGAGAGAAUCCGGAAUUUAGCGAAGUGGUUGAAUGCCAGUGAUUUAAACAUGCCAGAAUGGCAAUUUUCGAAGAUGAUCCACAGCACCAAAAUCAAAUUCUCGGAACACUCCAUCUUGAGGAUUGUUCAAAUACUGGGUUCAUUUGGAAAUUGGAGACGGGUAUUACAAGUUAUUGAAUGGUUCCAUUCACGUGAACGUUUCAAGUACUAUAAGAGCAGAUACAUCUAUACAACCGCCCUUGAUGUACUUGGAAAGGCAAAGAGGCCUAUGGAGGCGCUGAACAUAUUUUAUGCCAUGCGGCAACAAUUAUCUUCCUAUCCUGACCUUGCAGCAUAUCAUUGUAUUGCUGUUACUCUCGGGCAAGCUGGUCUUAUGAAAGAACUAUUUGAUGUCAUUGAUUGCAUGAGAGCUGCACCUGAGAAGAAGUUUGACUUGGGUCCGCUACAAAAGUGGGAUCCUCGUCUUCAACCAGAUCUUGUUGUGUACAAUGCGGUUUUAAAUGCUUGCGUUCAACAAAAGCAAUGGGAAGGGGCAUUUUGGGUUUUGCAGGAAUUAAAUGUGCAGGGUAUCAGACCUUCAAGUACAACUUACGGCCUCAUCAUGGAGGUGAUGCUUGCAUGUAGCAAGUACAACUUGGUUCAUGAGUUUUUUAGGAAAUUGCAAAAGAACUCCAUUCCAGCUGCCUUAAAUUACAAAGUUCUCGUAAAUACUUUAUGGAGAGAAGGCAAUGUUGAAGAAGCUGUACAAGCAGUAAAGGAUAUGGAAAGACGUGGAAUAGUUGGUUCUGCCAGUCUCUAUUAUGACCUUGCUCGCUGUCUCUGCAGUGCAGGAAGAUGUGAAGAAGCUCUGUAUCAGAUAAACAAGAUAUCUAAGGUUGCAAAAAAGCCUUUGGUGGUGACAUACACCGGUCUUAUUCAAGCUUGUCUUGAUUCGGGAAGUAUUGAGAAUGCUACAUACAUUUUCAAUCAAAUGAAUGGUUUCUGUUCACCAAAUGUAAUCACCUUCAAUAUCAUGCUGAAGUCAUAUGUAGAGCAUGGAAUGUUUGAAGAAGCAAAGGUUCUUUUUCAGAAUAUAUUGUCUGGUAGCCAUGAGAUAUAUAUAAAAGAUGAGUACAGUCGGAAGGUUUUUCCAGAUAAAUUUACGUUCAAUACGAUGAUGGAGGCAUGUGCUGCAGCAAGUAAGUGGGAUGAUUUUGAGAAUUCCUAUCGAGAAAUGCUACACCAUGGCUAUCACUUCGAUGAAAGAAGACAUAUGCGUCUGGUUUUUGAUGCUUGGCGUGCUGGAAAGAAGAACAUAUUGGAGAUUACAUGGGAUCACUUGACUGAUAAUGGCCGCGCCCCACCGGCAGCUAUCGUCAAGGAACUCUUCUCCAUGAAGCUGGAGGAAGAUGAACCUGCGUCUGCUGUUUCUUUCAUCACCAUCCAUCAGGACAUGGAAAUCCAAGCCUACUCUGAGAAGUCAUGGCUAAAUUUACUGAAGAGCAAAAUUCAUCACAUCAGUAGUAAAACUUUAACUAAGCUGUUAUGUGAGCUGAGGAGCAUCAUCUCUGAGAGUGCUCGACCUCACCCUGUGUAUCAGAAUCUAUUGAAUGCUUGUAAAGAAUUUGGUUCCAGUUUAGAAGGUGAGGACUUCAUUCUUUUAUGUAAUGAUGAAGAAAGGUCUAAAUGAAGCAAAACUUUGGCUGA